GGAUUGCCUUGCUGGAUCAGUGACGAAAAGGAAAUGAGAGGCUUGUGGAUUGCCUUGCUGGAUCAGUGACGAAAAGGAAAUGAGAGGCUUGUGGAUUGCCUUGCUGGAUCAGUGACGAAAAGGAAAUGAGAAGCUUGUGGAUUGCCUUGCUUGAUCAGUGACGAAAAGGAAAUGAGAGGCUUGUGGUAUUGCUGGAUCAGUGACGAAAAGGAAAUGAGAAGCUUUUGGAUUGCCUUGCUGGAUCAGUGACGAAAAUGAUAUGAGAAGCUUGUGGAUUGCCUUGCUGGAUCAGUGACGUAGGAAAUGAGAGUCUUGUGGAUUGCCUUGCUGAAUCAGUGAUGAUAAAAGAAGUGAGAUUAGUGGAUUUCCUUGCUGGAUCAGUGAAGAAAAAGAAGUUAGAAGCUUGAGGAUUGCCUUGCUGAAUCAAUGACGUUAACAGAAAUGAGGUAAGAAAUGAAGACGUAAGAUAGUGGAGUCCUGAAAUAAAUGAUGUGGAAAUGACUCGAUUGAUCAAUUAUGAAAGAGAAAAGCAAAAGUAGAAAUGUAGAGGAUUGCUUUGAUUAAGCAAAUACAAAAUUGUAGUGGAAAGAUAAUGGAUUGAUAUACUUUUUCAAUCACGAAAGAGAAGUGAAUGGAUAGUGGAAUGCUUUGCUUGAUGAAUCACGAAAGAUACAUAAGAUGGGAGAAAUUGUAAAAUUUGCUGAAUCAGAAUUGAUACAGAAAGCGCAUGUAUUCGAUCAAACAAGAAAAAGAAUUGAGGAGUUAUAAAGAAAAUUGAUGUGGAGUGCUUUGUUGGCGCAGUCACGAUAGAGAAAAAUGAAGACAGAGGAUUGCUUUGCUGGACCAAACACGAGGUAGAAGGGUGAAUGUAAAAGAUUAGGAGAUUGCUUUUCUAGAUCAAACAAGAAAGAGAAGAGCGAGGGUAGAGGAUGCUGUGCAGCAGAAACACGAAAGUGAGAUUAUAGUGGAUUAUUUUGCUGGAUCUAACACGAAAGAGAGACGAUAGUGGAUGGAUAUAAAAGCGAGAUGAUAAAGGAUUUCUUUGCUGGAUCUAUCACGGAAGAGAGAUGAUAGUGAAUUGCUUUGCUAAAGUGAGAUGUGAUAGGAAGAAGACGAAGUAAGAGCAUAGUGUUUCGCUUUACAGGAUAAGCAUUGGAACAGAAUGAAGUUUCAGGAUUGGUCAGUGCUUUGCUAUGCCACGAAUAAUCUAAUGAAAUAGACGAUUCAAUAAAGCAUAACGAAGAAUGUUGAAUGAAUAAAUGAAUGAAUGAAUGAAAGUGAGUGAGUGAGUGAAUGAAUGUAUGAAAGUGAAUGAGUGAGUAAGUGAGAGAAAACUUGGUGAAAAAUAGAGCGCACUGUAGACAUUGGUUAUUUCAACAGGUCAUAGGAAAUGGAUAAGUCCAGUGAGAAUAACAAUCCAAAGGAAGAUGUUGUUGAAGAUGACAGGCUUAUGCCAGACGAGGCAAAAAUAGCACCAAUUAAGCAGUCGGAAGUACCAUGGUGGACCUCAAGACGUCUACUGUUGUCCUUGACCUGCUUUAUUGGAUUCUUUUUCCUCUACUCCCUCCGUGUAAAUCUCAGCACAGCCAUAGUCUGCAUGAACAAAGCCGAAGAAGAGGGCGCCACCGCCACCGGAAACCAAUCUAUCAUCUACAAUAGCACCAACAUAAAUGGAACAAUAAUAAAUGUAACCAUAGCACCACCACCAACUACAACUGAUGCAGAUGGACUCGUCUGUAAGUUAGUGACUGAGUCUACAGACCUUCAUGCGGAAUUUUCAUGGGACAAAAAACUGCAAGGAUUUAUUCUCGGUGCCUUUUUCUGGGGUUACACCGCCAUGCAGAUUCCAUCUGGUUUUCUAAGCGACAGAUUUGGACCGAGGAUUACUGUAGCCUGUGGAAUGUUUCCUGUUGCCGUUUUGACGAUAAUGUCGCCAUGGCUUGCCAGAGGGAGCCCAUAUCUUUUGCUUGUGGGAAGAAUAUUUAUUGGUGUUGGAGAGGCGAUGAUGUAUCCCGGCAUGCAGUCGUUGUGGUCGAAGUGGGCCCCGCCACAUGAACGCAGCCGUCUUGUUGGGUUUGCGUUUGGAGGUUCGCAGCUAGGAAACGCUCUCACCUUCCCAUUCGCUGGAUUGCUCUGUGCGUAUGGUUUUGAUGGAGGAUGGCCGUCUGUAUUUUAUGUUACAGGUAUGCUGUGUUUUCUGUGGUGUUGUCUGUACGUAUUUUUUGCUCGAGACAGCCCGGGACAAAUGAAGAACAUCAAACCCAUUGAACGUAAAUACAUCGAGCAGUCUCUGGGCGUAUAUGGUCAGACUGUUGAAGAAAGGCUUCGUAAAAGAAAACAAGAUAAGCCGUGGAAAGCCAUCUUUACCUCUGGGCCAGUAUGGGCCAUCCUGUUAGCUAACGCUUGUGGUAAUUAUGGCGCAUAUAUGUUGCUAACACAGAUGCCCACCUACAUGAAAGAAGUUCUCAAGUUUGAUAUAAAGUCUAAUGGUGCCUUCUCGAUGAUACCAUAUUUGGUAUUUUGGAUGUUCACAAUAAUUGGCGGACAGAUUGCGGAUGUGCUCAUAACCAAAAAUAUUCUUACUAUUGAAUGGACAAGAAAGCUCUGCUGUGCAUUGGGCACCGUUGUACCAGGCAUAUUUUUAGUGAUCACUGGAUACAUGGACUGCGAGCAUCAGGUGGAAGCCGUAAUAUUCCUCACUCUGUCCAUGGCAUUCUGUGGUUUCCAGUUUAGCUCAUUUUUCAUCAAUCACGGUGACAUUGCGCCACGUUAUGCCGGGACUGUGUUCGGUUUUACGAAUACUGGGGCCAGUGUGCCUGGGAUACUUGCUCCUUAUAUUGUCGGGGCGAUAACUCCAAAUAAAACCCGAGAAGAAUGGUUGAUAGCAUUUUACAUUGCUGGAGCUGUGUAUUGUCUAGGUGCCGUUAUAUACGCCUUUAUGGCUAAAGGUGAGGUACAAGACUGGGCUAGAGAAGAAGUGGAUGAAUUUGUGUCUCCUGACGAAGAAGGUUAUCCGCUCCAGGGAAUUAAAGAAACUGAAGAAGAUGAUGAUGAGAAGAAAACGGACAAGAAUGGGCUCAAGUCAGAGUGAAUAUAGAAGAGGAACCAGUUCAUAACGCGUAAAUCACGUGUAUCACGUGAUGUGUAUGUUCCUUUUGAUGAUAUUUGAUAUCACCAAAGCCGUAAAACAUCAUUUUAUAAAUAUUGAGAACACAGUAAAGAUAGGUGUACAUAUUGUGGAAAUUAUUACGUGUUUUAAAGAACACAGUAGUUGGACGUCAAUCACGAAGAAUGAUACAGGUGGUGUUUGAAUGAGUAAUGGUACAGAACUAAAAAUAAUCUGCAACUUUCCUAUGAGGAGAAGAUAGGGGUGAUAUAAGUCUUUUUCUAGAUAUCCCUUCUUUAGUUUAUCUAAUGCAUAUAUAAAUUGCAUAGAUCUGUUUUAGACGGUAUAUUCAUGUACUGUAUGUAGAGUGACAUCAAGGACGGAUGAAUAAGAAAAACUAGUAAAGAAUGUGUUGAAAGUAUGACAAAAACAGCUUUGGAAUUGAAAUCUCAGUUAUUGUGUGCUAUAAUACAAAAUUGGUCGUUAAAUGGUUCACCCAUGCUUUAUUUGUUAUAGUAACUGUGUUUUUGUUUAAGGUUUGAUUGGUACGAAAACAAAAGAAGUUGUUAACUGAUUAUUAUAGUAUAUAAGUGGUACAUGUUUUAAUUAACAGUGGUGACUAAAUGUAUAUUUUCGCUUUAGCUCAUUUAAAAAAAGGUUAGAUGAGGGUAAAUACGAAGAUUGUUAAGUGAUGGUCAUUGACAUAUAACAUAGGCUCUUUCAUGUGUUUUCUUGUACAGUAAUGUCAGUGUUCUCACCUUUAAAGGCGGACUAGAUGUAAACAGUGUUACCAUUUUCUCCGCUCCAUGUUUUAAAUGCGAGUGUUAUACUUACUUUGAUACUCUAGAAAGCAUGUGGCAUCAUCUCGUCUUUUAUGACGACAUCCAUUUCUAGACAUCAUGUGGCAUCAAUUUGUCUUUUAUGACGUCAUCUCCAACUUAAGACGUCAUCACCGAUGCCAUUUUUCAGUUACGUCGGAGAACGCUAUGUUAUGUAAAUUCAUAUUUUGAUGUAGUCUGUCCCUUUUCAACCGGUGUUUGUUAUGAGUUCAUCAUUUUAAUAGCUUUAGUUUUUGAUUUACUGAUUAAUUGGUAUAAAUAUGUAUCAUUAUAAAUAUACAUUCUAUAUUGUACGUAUAAUACGGAUCUAUAAAUAAUUGUUAACAAAUGUAAUUUAUUCUACUUGCAUGAUUUCGUAAGUGAAUGGUUACUGUAAUGACUGGUGCUUAUAACUUGACUCGCUUGUAACGACUGUGUUAGAAGCUUGUUUAUACAUUCAUGGAACCGUAUAGAUCUAAAUAUAAUGUAAAAUUGUGCACCCAUUACAUAGAAAGGCACAUA